AUGAUGGGGUCUUUUCUUUCAAGAGCCCUUGUGCUGGUUUUUGGUUAUGCAUAUCCGGCUUAUGAGUGUUUCAAAACUGCGGAGAAGAAUGAGCCAGAAGUUGGGCAACUUCUGUUUUGGUGUCGAUACUGGAUUUUAGUUGCAAUUCUUACAGUCUGUGAGAGAGUUGGGGAUGCAUUCGUUUCAUGGCUACCAAUGUACGGUGAAGCGAAGUUGGCAUUCUUUAUAUAUCUAUGGUAUCCCAAAACAAAGGGAACUGCAUAUGUUUAUAAUUCCUUCUUUCGGCCUUAUGUGGCCAAACAUGAAACGGAGAUUGAUCGCAACUUAUUGGUGUUGAGAGUAAAGGCUGGUGAUAUAGCAAUUGUUUAUUGGAAAAGGGCUCUAAUCUAUGGCCAGACAAGGUUUUUUGAAAUUCUGCAAUAUGUCUCUUCUCAGUCAGCAGCAGCACCUCCUCAUUCUAAUCAAGUACUCGUGGAUAAAGAAGGGUAGCCCCUGCAUUUUGACAUCUUGGAGUCAUUUAUUCAGUGCAUAUAUUCUAUCUGUGCAUACACCUAGCUAUCAUUGAAAUUGUUAAAUUGGUAUAAGCUAGGAUAUGUUUAUUCCACCCAUUCAUGGAGAU